CGGCCGCGCGCAGCAGCGUGCGGAGGAUGGAGAGAAGAGGAGUGUUUCUGUAGAAGAAGAAGCUUCUCUUAACGGAUCUUUAGAGGACUUUAAACAGAAAUAAAUCUGCAGAAGAAGGAGUUGAAGGACUUCGCUGAACUUCCGAGCGCGCAUGGGCAGUCCGCGGCUGUUUUCUAAACAAUGGACUUAUUGUGACGUCACACCCGGAAGGGCGCAUCAGCUGGGCGCGUGAACUGUUUCAACAGAGCCUGAAGAACCUGAACCACACACACACACACGCACGCACGUGCACGCACGCACGUACACACGCACAGGUUGCUUAACAGUGUGAGGAAACAGGAAACAGAGAAACUGAGAGCAUAGCUUUGGGGGCGAGAGACACUGACCCUGACGAGAGAGAGAGAGACAGGAAGAGAGAGUCUGUGUGUGUGUGUGUGAGGAUGAGUGGCGGGAAAAAGAGGAGUGGCUUCCAGAUCACCAGUGUGACUUCGGACUUUAACCAGACUCCAGCCGGCCAAUCAGCUCCCAGCGUGGUGCUGACUGUGGUCCAAUCUGCUCAGAGAAGCUCCUCACAGCCAACCACGCCCUCCCUGAAGAGGAAACACGUGUCCCAUGAUGCCGCGGGGCAGGGGGGCGGGGCCUCCAGGUUCCGGGUGGUGCGGUUGGUCCUAGGGGGGACAGGGGGGCGGGGCCAGCCAUAUCGCCGCGGGCGAUGGACCUGCACCGACAUCCAGGAGCGGCAGGAAGGGGCGGGAAUUAGGUGCGUCAUGGACACCAUGAGACACGCCCACUCCCUGGAGUCCCUGGAGAUGAUUGGCCGAGAUGUGGACAGAGGCGCAGUCUACUCCCAGGACACCGCUCACCUGCUGGCUCGGCCAAUCAGAGGCCACGAGGGGGCGGGGCUUGUACCUCGCAGCAGGCCACCCUCACCGACACACCAGGAGCCAAUGGUAGCUCAGAGUUUAAACUCCGCCCCUCCCCCUCCUUCACCCCGCCCACGGAACGCCCCUCCUCCAUUGCGAUUGGACGUGGACUCUGCAGGCAGGUCUGUCCUCAGGCUGUCUCACUCUCAGCCCAGCUCCCCCCCUGUUGGACCGUACCAUCCCGCUCAGACUCCAUCAGUCUUCUGUCUGGACCGGACCAUAUUCGACCUGCCGGGGGACGCCAG